AUGGAGGAGGCUGCUCCGGAGGAGGCGCUGGCCGUACGGCGAGCGUUGGAGAUGCUCCAGAUAAACGACCCCGUGUUGAGGGUCCAAGCGGCCAGGGAAAUCCGCCGCCUCACCAAAACCUCCCACCGCUGCCGCCGCCACCUCCGCCAGGCCAUCGCGCCACUAGUCUCCAUGCUCCGAGUCAACUCGCCCGAGUUCCACGAACCCGCGCUUCUCGCUCUCCUCAACCUCGCCGUACAAGACGAAAAGAACAAAAUUAAGAUUGUGGAAGCUGGUGCAUUAGAGCCAAUGAUCAGUUUCCUCAAGUCACAAAAUCCAAAUCUGCAGGAGUAUGCAACUGCAUCUUUGCUCACUCUAUCUGCCUCUCCAACCAACAAACCAAUCAUUAGUGCUUGUGGCGCCAUCCCUCUCCUUGUAAAUACUCUUAGGGAUGGAAGCUCCCAAGCUAAAGUUGAUGCUGUGAUGGCUCUGUCCAAUUUAUCAACACACCCUGAUAACCUCAGCAUCAUUCUCGAAACAAAUGCAAUGCCUUUUAUAGUUAGUCUUCUCAAAACCUGUAGAAAAUCCUCAAAAAUAGCUGAAAAAUGUUCUGCUCUGAUAGAAUCCUUGGUGGGUUAUGAGGAGGGCAGAACUGCCUUAACAUCUGAAGAAGGUGGGGUUCUUGCAGUUGUGGAAGUUCUUGAAAAUGGCACUCCCCUGAGUAGGGAACAUGCUGUUGGAGCACUACUGACAAUGUGCCAAAGUGAUAGAUGUAAAUACAGGGAACCAAUUCUUAGAGAAGGUGUUAUUCCAGGACUUCUUGAGCUUACAGUUCAAGGAACCCCUAAAUCUCAGCCAAAAGCACGUACCCUUUUGCAGUUACUGAGAGAGUCUCCAUAUUCAAGACCUGAAGUUGAACCUGACACUCUUGAGAACAUAGUGUGUGACAUCAUAUCUCAGAUUGAUGGAGAUGAUCAAUCUGGUAAAGCAAAGAAGAUGCUGGCUGAGAUGGUCCAAGUCAGCAUGGAGCAGAGUUUGAGACAUUUGCAACAAAGGGCUCUUGUAUGUACUCCUAGUGAUAUGCCUAUUACAAGUUGUACUUCUGAAGUUUCUUCAAAAUAG